AUGGCAGCGUACGCCGAGCCCCAUUUCAGCGCCUGGACCCAGACGGUCGUCAGCAACAUCACGGUGGUUGACAAGGUACCGCCGGAGAUGCUCCACAUGGUGGACGCUCACUGGUACCAGUUUCCGCCGAUGAACCCGCUGUGGCAUUCGAUCCUGGGGUUCGUCAUCUUUAUCCUCGGAGUCGUUUCGCUCAUCGGCAACGGUUGCGUGAUGUACAUUUUCACCAAUACCAAGUCACUCCGUACCCCGUCCAACUUGCUGGUGGUCAAUUUGGCCUUCUCUGAUUUCCUGAUGAUGUUCACCAUGGCCCCGCCGAUGGUGAUCAACUGCUGGUACGAGACCUGGGUGCUCGGCCCGUUCGCUUGCGAGCUGUACGGCAUGUUUGGAUCACUGUUCGGUUGUGCCUCAAUCUGGACCAUGACCAUGAUUGCGUUUGACCGUUACAACGUCAUCGUGAAAGGUCUCUCGGCCAAGCCAAUGGGCAACAACGGUGCCCUGCUGCGUAUUCUGGGCAUCUGGGCGUUCGCCCUGCCCUGGACCUUGGCCCCUCUCUUCGGAUGGAACCGAUACGUGCCGGAGGGCAACAUGAGCUCCUGCGGAACCGACUACUUGACGCAGGACUUCUUCAGCCGAUCAUACAUUCUGGUCUACUCUUUCUUCGUGUACUACCUGCCGCUGUUCAGCAUCAUCUACUCGUACAUUUUCAUCAUUCAGGCUGUCUCUGCUCACGAGAAGAACAUGCGAGAACAGGCCAAGAAGAUGAACGUGGCCUCGCUGCGUUCGCAGGAGGCUCAGAACACCAGCACCGAGAUGAAGCUGGCCAAGGUCGCCCUGGUUACCAUUUCACUGUGGUUCAUGGCCUGGACCCCGUACCUGGUCAUUAACUAUACCGGAAUCUUCAAGGCGGCACCAAUCAGCCCGCUGGCCACCAUCUGGGGAUCACUGUUCGCGAAGGCGAACGCCGUCUAUAACCCGAUCGUGUACGGUAUCAGCCAUCCGAGGUACCGAGCGGCGCUGUACCAGAAGUUCCCGUCCCUCUCGUGCCAGGAUGCCCCGGCUGACGAUGGACAGUCGAUGGUAUCGGCCACCACCGGUUGCACGGAGGAGAAGGUUGCUGCCUAA